UCAGAGACUUGAGGACACGGGCCCCACAACCAGAUGGUCCGCAGGAGAGCCGCCAGCUCCAGCCGCAGCUCCGGGAGCGGGAGAGCCCCGCCGAGCCGCACGGACUGAGCCGCCCGGGCGGGCAGCGCAGCGGGGCCGUGCCCAGCGCCGGGUUCGGGAGCCCCCCACCCGACGGCGGCUGCUCCAUCCCGUGCUGGGGGGGCCCCCCGCGCCGUCUUCUCCUCCCCGCAUCCCCCUUUGCUUUCAUGCAACGCCUGGUGGCCUGGGACGCAGCAUGCCUCCCCAUCCAGCCGCCCGCCUUUAAAUCCAUGGAAGUGGCUAAUUUCUAUUACGAGGCGGACUGUCUGGCUGCUCUCAACAAGCUGCACCCGCGGGCGGCCGGGGGCCGCUCCAUGACCGAGCUCACCGUAGGGGACCACGAGAGAGCCAUUGACUUCAGCCCCUAUCUGGACCCCUUAGCAGCAUCCCAGCAGCCGGCGCAGCCGCCGCCUCCCGCAGCAGCAGCAGGGGGCAACUUUGAGCCUGCCUGCAGUAGCGGCGGCCAAGAUUUCCUUUCCGAUCUCUUCGCCGAGGACUAUAAAGGCAGCGGCGGAGGCAAGAAGCCCGACUACACCUACAUCAGCCUCGCCCGGCACGGCCACCCGUGCGGCAGCCAGAGCCACAAGCCAGGGGGGCUGCCGGGCUGCUUCCCGCCCCAGAUCGUGGAGACCAAAGUGGAGCCGGUCUUCGAGACCCUGGACUCUUGCAAAGGGCCCCGUAAGGAAGAAGGGGGAGCGGGGCCGGGACCGGGGGGCAUGUCCUCGCCCUACGGCAGCACCGUGCGCUCCUACCUGGGCUACCAGUCCGUGCCGAGCGGCAGCAGCGGGAACCUGUCGACCUCGUCCUCCUCCAGCCCCCCCGGCACCCCAAACCCCUCCGAGUCCUCCAAGUCGGCCGCCGGCGCCGGGGGCUACUCGGGGCCGCCGGCGGGCAAGAACAAGCCCAAGAAGUGCGUGGACAAGCACAGCGACGAGUACAAGCUGCGCCGGGAGCGGAACAACAUCGCGGUGCGCAAGAGCCGCGACAAAGCCAAAAUGCGCAACCUGGAGACUCAGCACAAAGUCUUGGAACUGACGGCCGAGAACGAGAGGCUGCAGAAGAAGGUGGAGCAGCUCUCCCGGGAGCUGAGCACCCUCAGGAACUUGUUCAAACAGCUGCCCGAGCCCCUGCUCGCCUCCUCGCCCCGCUGCUGACCCCCGCGCCGGGCCGCGGGGCGAGCUGAGCGAUGCCCCCCCCCCGCCCUCCUCCUGGGGCCGGGCCGCGUUUUCGGUUUCGCUGGGGGUUUCGUUGUUGUUGUUUGUUGUUGUUUCGGUCUCUAUUUGCUUCCCCCCUGGGGCCAGGGGGCAGCGGGCGGCGCCGGGGGGGCCGCGGCCCCGGGGCUCUGCUGGGCGCUGGGGUUAUUUAAAACGGCGAGAGGAGAGCGAGGGCGAAGUGAUGCAAUCCUUUAAGCAUGGCUGGGAAUGCUGUGUACAUGAUGCAAUCUCGUGUAACUGUCAGUCAUGGAUUGAGUAAUCUGUUAAAGAUGUUCCUACAGUUUUUUUUAUUAUAAAGAAUAAUCUAUUUCUAUAAGAAAAUACAUAUGUAUAUUUUGGGA